AUGGCCGCUAACGCCUUUGACGAUGUCGGCCCGCGACACCCACAGCCCCGGCCGGUGAAGGAGCUAUCCUGGGAGCUUGCGAAUCACUCCAAGGCCUACCUCGAGGCCCAACAGUAUGCCAAUGGCUAUAACUUUCUUUACUCGCUCCUCGCCGCCGGUACUUCCAUUUCCGUGCCCGCAAAACCGUACGCCGGCUUCCUGGCACCGGCCGCACAGCUAGCGCUAGCCUCUACGCUCAUUGCCUAUCCCGCCGUCACCACCAAGUCCAAGUCCGCCGAAAUCAUGCAAGGCUCGGACGCCGCUGUGCGGUACCUACGAUGUGUGCAGAACACUAUAGAAGGACCGGCAUAUAGGGUCGUCAAGAAGGCAUUUUCUUUCCCAGACGAUCGCACCCGGCGGCAUAUACCUGGGCAUAGGAGCAGAGCUGUGAGUCCAUCGCCAGCCGCAGGCGCUGAUGUCGAGCGGCUUGAGGGAGUCGCCGCCAAUGCCCAUAGCCUAUGGUACCGGGCCGACGAUUUCUGGCACAUAUUGGGAUGGGCAUUUAACUGCUCGGUUGCGUACAAGAAGCGUUGGGAGAGGUGGAAGCUAUGGCUGCAGGUCAUGCUCGACUUCCUCGAGAGCGACUGGAAGACGCGCCUAAAGGCAGGCAGAGACGAAGGCGAAGGUCGGGAGAGCACCCUGCAAGACAGCCUCCUCUGGCAGUACAUCAGCAGCCAGGACCCCACGAAUCGUAACAUCAGACGGCGGAUGAUCAGGGCUGUACUAGCGGCCGGCACCGAAGAGUCGCUCCGCCAUUAUCCGGAAGUCUGGGUCAACGAGACUGUCGAACCAAAGCCUCGAGACAAAGAUACGGAGCGCAUUGCGCCCACCGACGUUGGCAAUGGUGAGUUGGGGGGGUAUCAGAGCGUUGACGAAGACGUGAUCAUGCAAGACGCCUCCACACUGGACAAAGGCAAAGCGAGAUCGAGGACGUCUUCAAGUGCGUCUUCCUCAUCCAGGCCCAGCUCGGUCAGAUUCAACGCAGACGAUGCAGGCGGCCGCUUUGGUGGUAUGGAAGCUAUCGAGCUACGCCAGCGCUUCAUAGCCAUACUCGUGCAAGUAGCUCAGGAACUCCCCAAGCAGUUCGCUAGUCUGGAGGACUUUCUUGACGAUCUCACAGAGGAACUGAGGCAGCUUCCGAUCUUCAUCUUUAGCGCCUUCGUCUCGACAUCACGGCUAUCGAGCCUUGCCGAGCUAGCCCUCAAUGCCAACCUCCUUCUACCGCUCGCGACAGGCCAGUUGCCCAACUAUACAAAGAUAGUACCCACCCAGUCGCACUUUGAGACCUAUUGGCUUCGUCUCCGUGGAAACACACAGAGCUUUGCCGCCAGCGCCAAGAUAUCACUCACCCUAGAGCGCAUGCUUAUGUACAUGAUGAAUGAGCAUCUCCUCAAAGCUACCGAUUGUCUGCGAGAAGCCAUGGAAUGCGGUAUCGAAGCGCGCCACAAGGUAUACGGCACAGGGAAGGGAAAGACGAGGAACCCAGUAGAGGAAGAAAAAGGCAAAGAAUUCAUAGAGGCUAGUUCAGAGAGGCUGCUUGGACUGCUCGAGGUGUUGGAGAUUGCUUCAGGAAAGGAGCUGCAGCCGCGGAAAGAGAAGAGUAAGCCCUCGCCCUUGUUUUCGUCCUUCGCUUCCUCGCUUUCUGCCGCACCCGAAAGCGAAACGGAAGAGGAUGACUAA